GCGCGGUUGCCUCGGGAGACGUGCGGUUGCUCCCGGCUGGAGGCUGAGGAAGAUGCGGGAGGGGGCGGACCGGCAGCGUCUGCUGGCAGCGGUCGUCCAGCUGCAGGCUCAUGUCAGGGGUUAUCUUACCAGGAAGAGGCUUCAAAGCCUAAGGAGCAGCUAUGAGAGCAUUGUGAAAGCAAUUGAAGGGAGUCUGGACUGGUUCCAGUGGAGUAGCCAUCUCUUACCAAGACCUGUGUUUCUCUCCAAGACUGCUCAGAAAUCAAUAAAGGCAAAGGAAUUCAAUAGCGAAGAGGUUGAGCCACAAAAACAGGACACCCAACUGUGCCAAGAGGAGUUACUAUCUCAACGAACGUGUGAUUUUGAGAUGCAGCUUCCAAGCCGACUUGCAGCUGAGGUGGCAGCAGAACCCGAGGUUGGCGAGGUCGGGCAGAGUCUGGAGCGACUAGUGGAUGCUCACCCUGGGAAUGUCUGCAGCCUGCCAGGAGAGAGUGAGGAAUGCAGGGGAUCCAGCCGUGUCUCGUCUGACUGGAGCAGCACAAUUCUGGGGAUGGAAUCUCCCAGGUCGAGCCAGGAGCCUCAUUUCCCCAAAGCCCCAGAAAUGCCCAGAGCGGUGCCCGACCUCCAGAACUACCGAAAGCAUCUGGCCAUGGAGCUGCUGUGGCUGCAGCAAGCGAUCGUCAGCCGUAAGAAGUAUUUGAUCCUGAAACAGAGAUUGGGGAACCCAGACUGACAGCUCGUCCGGAGGGCGCAUCUGUGACCCUUUCACACAAAACUGGAAGCGCACACUUUGACCCGCCACCUCCAGAAAGGAAGCCUGGAGCUGCCAGCAAGGCGCCAGUUUUCCUUGGAGAUGGCCAUGACCAGAAGUCAGCUUUGCGGCGUACGAAAGUAACUGUGGAAACGGGAGACUGUGCAAGCUUUCCGAGUCCAGGGUUGGCAUAUUUUGGGAUUGCUGUUGGAAAGAGCAGGGUUUACCGCAGAACAUUCUUCUGUGCACUUUUGGUGGAGCAGAGGCUGAACAUCAGUUUCAAUAGCCUUUGCAAAGCUGGCUGACGAUCCACAGGCUGUGGAAGCUGCUGCACGUGUGUGACCGUUUUUCCCCAUAAGUCACAUCAGGGCAUUUUUGAUAAGGAAGUUCUCAGUUCCUGGAGAUUAUUCC